CGACGAGUCUCACAGCAAGACCCGUCGGGACAUCUUCGGAGCGCGGACGAGGCAUCGGCACCGUACGCAAACAUGAGCGACGGGAAGGCCAAGGUUGAAGGGAUGGGCGACACCAACGAGGACAGCAACAACGCCGCCACCUACCUGUGGAGGUCCACGCGGGUUCUCGGCAUCAUCCUCGUCUAUUGCGCCAUCGGCUCGCAGCUGUCGGUCGUGAACAAGGUGGUGGUGACCUUCAUCCCGCUUCCUAACUUUAUUCUCUUCUGCCAGUUCACCGCCACGACGUUGAUGCUCCUCCUUGCGCACUACACCGGCAUGGUGGAGGUGGAGCCCCUGACGUGGAGGAUCGCGGGAAUCUACACGCCGCUCGUCAUCACCUUCUUCGCGCUUCUGUACGCGGGCAUGGAGGUCAUGAAGUACGCGCCGCUGGAGACUUUCAUCACGGUCAAGUCAAUGACCCCCGUACUCUUCAGCGCGUGCGAGUACCUCUUCCUCGGUCGCGCGCUCCCCAACUGGAAGUCCUCCUUGGCGCUGGUGGGCAUCGUGGUUGGCGCCGCCGCGUACGUCAAGGUUGACGCGUACGCCUCCGUCAAGGCGUACAUGUUCUGCGGCCUGUUCCUCGUCGCCGCCGUGUCCGAGGGUCUCGUGGCGAAGACCACGAUCGAGAAGGUGCCGCUGAACAACUGGUCUCGUUCGUACAACAUCAACAUCCUGUCCAUGCCCCUCGCGAUGGCGCAGAUGCUGCUUGCCGAGGAGAUGCUCCAGAUGGGUGAGGCAAAGAACGAGUGGAGCACCAAGACGAUCACCCUGCUGGUGGCGUCUUGCGUCAUGGGUCUGGGUAUGUCUGUGGCGACGAUGUGGAUCCGUGAGGCGCUGUCCGCCACCUCCGUCUCCGUGGUGGCGACGUGCAACAAGUUCAUCUCUGAGCUCGUCAACUGGUUCAUCUGGAACAAGCACACCACCUCGGACGGCCUCUGGGCCGUGCUGAUCAUCAUGGUUUGCGGUAUCUUCUACGAGCAGGCGCCGCUCCGCGUGCCAGGGCAGGGUUACGUCAGGGAGGAAAUCUGUCCUUGCCUGCCCAGGUCGUGGCUCGGGUUUACGCCCAAGGUGAGGAAAACCGAUGGCGGAGCAUACGGCGCCAUCUAAACGGCAAAGAGGGGGUUUUGCGGAGAGGGGCGAGCGUGCGUUCGGGGGUUCGACGGCUCGCCUGUCGAAACAUUUCGUAGAUAUUUCCAUGGUAUUGACAAAAAAGCUUUCGU